GAUUCAUGAGAAUCCACUGACUAGUAAGAGACGACCAAUCCCUUAUUUCUUCCCAAUUUUGUCAAUAAAUUAAGCCGCAUUCUCUUACCACUCAAACCUCUCCCCCCAUUCCACACUUUUGUCUUAAAACAAAGCCCUGCAAUUUCAGCUUCUUUCUUCUACUGCUUUUUUUAAUCAAUCUUUUUGUACCAUUUUGUUUUCCAAAUAUACAAUGGAUGAUGAUGUUGAAGUACCCAAGUAUUUCAUUUGCCCCAUAUCCUUGCAAAUCAUGAAAGACCCAGUGACUGCUAUAACCGGUAUCACUUAUGAUCGAGACAGCAUUGAGCAAUGGCUACUUGUUGGCAAAAAAACCAGCUGUCCAGUCACCCAGCAGCCUUUGCCUAGAGACUCCGAUUUAACGCCUAACCAUACUCUGCGUCGGUUGAUCCAAGCCUGGUGCACUGAGAAUGCUUCGCUCGGCGUUGACCGGAUUCCUACCCCUAAACCUGCCAUUGAUAAGUCCCAUUUCCUUAAACUCAUCAAAGACCUUCAACAUCCUGAUUCCAAGAUGAAAACCCUGAGAGAACUGGAUUUGUUGGCGGCCAAAAAAGGAAGAAACAGGAAUUAUAUGGUGCAGGCUGGUGUGCCUAAAGCUAUGUUAUCGUUUAUUGUAAAUUGUUUCAAGGAAGUCUGUGUCAAUGGCCUGGAAGAAGCCCUAAGCGUGCUUUUUUUAAUUAGAAUUUCACCAGCUGAAGCAAAGUUGCUUCCCAAAGAAAAUGAUCAGAUUAUCAAAUCAUUGAUUUGGGUAUUAGGACGUGAAUUCAAAACCAACGUUAUGGUAAAAUCCCAUGCGGUUUUAUUAUUGAAAACAAUCGUUGAAACAACAAGUUCUAUUGUACUUGAAAGAUUAGAACCACAGUUCUUUGCGACGAUUGUUGGAAUUUUGAAAUCAGGGACCAGGGUCACUCAACAGGGAAUGAAUUCAGCUUUGCAUGUUCUAUUAGAUACUUGUCCUUGGGGAAGAAAUAGGUUAAUGAUGGUUGAAUCAGGAGCAAUUUCUGCGCUUAUCGAGCUUGAAUUGGGAUCACCUGAGAGAACAACCGAACUUAUUAUUGGAAUAAUCUUCCAUCUAUGUUCUUGUGCAAAUGGGAGAGCUGAGUUUCUUAGCCAUAAAGGAGGCGUGGCCGUGGUGACAAAGAGGAUUCUGAGAGUUUCUCCGACGGUGGACGAUCGAGCCGUGCUGAUCCUUUCACUGAUAAGCAAAUUCUCUGCCACGAAUUUGGUUGUUCAAGAAAUGUUGGAUGUUGGAACCGUAACAAAGCUUUGCAUGUUGCUGCAAGUUGACUGUGCAACAUAUUUGAAGGAAAAAGCUAUGAAAAUCCUUAAAUCACAUUCUGAUGAGUGGCAAAAGUUCCCUUGCACUAAUAAAACUCUCUUGACAAGGUAUAUUAGUUGAAUUCAAUAUAUAUUAGUUACUAUACUUAUAUUUACUUUUUAAAAUAUGUAAUAAUUCAGAAUUACUUCUAAAUUCACUACCAAUGAUCACAAUUAUUUCUAUGCACAUUUCAUAAAUAUUGAAUGUGUAUAGACAAUUUUGACUGUUGGUCGUGAAUUUUGUUACUUUGGUUAAUAAUUUGUUUAAGAGAAAAUUAAAUGUUAUUGGGAUCUAAGAUAUACUUGAACUCAUGAGUUUAUAUGGCUAAUUGCUAUUAAAGUUUGAUAAUAGUAAAUAUCAUUACCAUAAUUUUGGUAUGGAUAGAGUAAUAUUCAAUUUACAUAUC